CUGUUUAACACUAAUACAGGACAAAAUUGCAAGAGCUGAAGCAGAUGCUGGUUCUGAUGUUGGUGGAUCAUCUGUGACAGAUGAUAUUCUUGUCAAAGCUCUUGGUGAUGACAAACCAGGUCGACUCAAAGGAAUAGGGUUUGGAGCGACAAAGACAAAGAUGGUUGUCAAGUCCCAUUAUAAGAAGAACAUUAACGAGUGUCGGGAAAGUAUGAAGGAAUUGAAUGGGAGACUUAUGAUGUUAGAGGAAAGGAGCUCGAGAUGUGUCUGCUGCCAUGAUGGAUCACUGUUGCAAAAUGCCAGUCCAAAUUCUGGAAAUGUCAGUAACAACCAUGCUAGCGCUAGCAUUGUCCGUGAAAACGACAGUCCAUUGAGCAGAACAAAUGUGGUGCCACAACCAGUGGGAGUGCCAGAGAAGAAUAGAGCUUGCAGGUUACUCAGUUGGUACACUGAGGGCGAGAUUGUGGCCGAUGCAGUUAUUGCUGAAACAGAUCCAAAGAAGUUCAUCCAUGGAAUGCCAAUAGGUUUUGGAGCUUACAAGGUAUCUGUGAAAGCUUCUCGUGUGGAUGAUGCUCUUCUCUACAGGCAAACCAAUGAGUUGAAGUGUAUCCAUGAUGCUAUAGGAACUUACAUCUCAUGGGCCAAGGAUUUGAUAUUGCUUGACUAGCCAUCUGACUUCUUAAUCUUCUUUGGGAGUGUUUCAUGUUGUGUCACUGGAUAUUUUGAAUGGUCGAAUGGUUUAGUGUUUGAAUGAUCUAAAACUGGUUAGGUGUUUGAGGGGUUUAAGUAUUUGAAUGAAUGCUGGUACAUUAAUUUAAUGGUGAAAUGGUUUAGUGUUUUAAUGAUCUUAAACUGGUACAUUUGGAUGAAUAAUGCUGGUAUAUUUGAAUGA